AUGUACAAGAUGAACAGGAGUUUAACCACGCACAUGAAGUACGAUUGCGGCGGGCAGACCAACUUCGUGUGUCACAUUUGCUCGAUCUCGUACAGGAAGAAGGCGCGAAUCGACUCGUCUACGGGAUGCUCGAGGACGAUCAUGGAAGGUUUCACCUGCCACCAGUGCGGCAGGUCUUACCAAUUGAGGCACAAUCUGGUCAAGCAUUUGAGAUUCGAGUGCGGUGGCCAGAAACACUUCCUCUGUUACCUGUGUCCAGCGAGGUACACCCAGAACGGGAAGCUGAGGCAGCACAUGCUUAACGCCCACAAUGUUUUCAUACCACCGCGUAGAACAUGGAUAAGAUCCAGUUGA